GUGACGGGUCACGUGGGUAUAAGAAGACGCUGUGUGGGUGAGCCCGGUCCUAAGGUCCUCUGUGCCGCGGAUAAUAGUCAUCCGUCAUGGACUCGCUGCUCGUAUGGACGCUGCUCAUGGGUUCCCUCGCUAUACAGCCCGGGAGCGCCCUCAUCAGGAUCCCAUUGAAGAAAAUGCCCACAAUGCGCCACACGAUGGCUGGUGCUUUCACUGACCUACAGAAGCUUAUUGGAACAAAUGGCAAAUAUUAUGCAGGAUUUCCAUCCAGCAAUGAUCCCACCCCAGAGAAGCUGCUGAACUAUUUAGAUGCUCAGUAUUAUGGUGAGAUUGGCAUCGGGACCCCUCCACAGAACUUCCUGGUCGUGUUUGACACUGGAUCUUCCAACCUCUGGGUGCCAUCAGUACACUGCUCCCUUCUGGACAUCGCCUGCUUGGUGCACCAUAAGUACGACUCUUCCAAAUCCUCAACUUACGUAAAGAAUGGUACAGAAUUCGCCAUUCAGUAUGGCAGCGGGAGCCUGUCUGGAUACAUCAGUCAGGACACUGUGUUGAUUGGAAGCAUUGUAGUAAAAGAUCAGAUGUUUGCAGAAGCUCUAAAACAGCCUGGUAUUGUAUUUGUGGCUGCCAAGUUUGAUGGCAUUUUGGGCAUGGCAUAUCCCCGAAUUUCUGUGGAUGGAGCACCUACUGUUUUUGAUGACAUAAUGGACCAGAAGCUUGUAGAUGAAGACGUGUUCUCCUUCUAUCUGAACAGGAACCCAGAUUCUGAGCCUGGAGGAGAGCUGUUAAUUGGCGGCACUGACCCUACAUACUACACUGGAAACUUCAACUACAUGAAUGUGACUCGUAAGGCAUAUUGGCAGAUCCGUAUGGAACAACUAAGUGUUGGAGAUAAGCUGACUUUAUGUAAAGGGGGCUGUGAGGCUAUUGUGGACACCGGGACAUCACUGCUCACUGGUCCAUCGGAAGAAGUGACAGCACUGCAUAGAGCGAUCGGAGCCAUUCCACUGAUCCAUGGAGAGUACAUGGUGCUGUGUGACAAAAUCCCAUCACUGCCUGUAGUUACAUUCAGAUUUGGAGGAGUGGACUAUAGCCUGACCGGAGAACAGUAUGUGCUGAAGAUGACUCAGUUUGGCCGUACAAUUUGCCUUAGUGGCUUCAUGGGCCUUGACAUUCCUCCUCCAGCCGGACCACUAUGGAUCAUCGGAGAUGUGUUUAUUGGCCAAUAUUACACUGUCUUUGAUCGGAAAAAUGAUCGUGUUGGGUUUGCAAAAGCAAAGUAACUUCAACUACUUUGCUACAGCCCCCCUUUAAAUCCUACAGUGCCCAUGUGUGAUCCCUUCCACAGCCCAACUUGGCUGCCCCUCAGGCUCAUUCACAGCUUUUAAAUGCACAAUCUGUACCUGCAAUAUGCAACACUUUCUGUUAUUCCCUGAACUGGAUAGUCUAGACCAGUGUUUCCCAACCAGGGUGCCUCCAGCUGUUGCAAAACUACAAUUCCCAGCACGCCCGGACAGCCGUUGGCUGUCCGGGCACGCUGGGAGUUGUAGUUUUGCAACAGCUGGAGGCAUCUUGGUUGGGAAACACUGGUCUAGAUAUUCUACCGCUGCUGCACCAGAUAGAGAUGAACAUUGCUGGGGAGAUUUAUCAAAACCUGUCCAGAGGAAAAGCAGAGGUGCCCAUAGCAACCAAUCAGAUCGCUGCAUUCAUUUUUCAGAGGCUGGUUAAAAAAAAAUUAAAGAAGUGAUUGGUUGCUAUGGGCAACUCGGCAACGUUCCUCUGGACAGGUUUUGAUAAAUCUCCCCCGCAGUUCUUAGACGUACACAGUCUUGGCUACAGAUGCAAUGGAAAAUCUCCAAAACCUGCGCUGUAAAACAAGUCCGUUCAGCAUGUGACUGUAGUAUUCCUGUUCCACAUCUAGUAUUCUUCAUGGAUUAUCUAGUGCAGAGUUUCCCAACCAGGGCGCCUCCAGCUGUUGUAAAACUACGACUCCCAGCAUGCGUUGGCUGCCCGGGCAUGCUGGGAGUUGUAGUUUUGGAGGCAUCCUGGUUGGGAAACAUUGAUCUAGUGUAUGUUACUAUUCUUUUAGAUGCGUACAUUUACAGGAUGGAUAAGCAACAGAUUUUACCUGUGAAUUUGCGCAAAAUCCAUAGAAAUUACACUACCAGGUAGGUGGAUUAGAUUUUACAAAUCUCAUCCAUUUGCGGUGUGGGUAUUCAGGGGGGGAAAAAAAUAAUAAAUAAAUAAACAUCUCAUCUUUUGCUACAGACCGGCAAGAGAAAAAUCUGCUGCUUGUAGACAUACAGGAGACACUAUGCUUUAUGGAAAGAACUGGAACGCAUCCGAUCAGAACAAAGCAGGGGUAACCUAACCAAAUGUUCUGUUAAGAGUUAAAGGGGUAUCCAAAGGAUAGGGGAUAAGAUGUCAGAUUGCCGGGGUCCUGCUGCUGGGGACCCCAGGGAUCGCUGCUGCGGCACCCCGCUAUCAUUACUGCGCAGAGCGAGAUCGCUCUGCACGUAAUGAGGGGCAAUACAGGGGCCGGAGCAUCGUUACGUCACGGCUCCGCCCCUCGUGACGUCACGGCCCCGUCAAUACAAGUCUAUGGGAAGGGGGCGUGGCGGUCGUCACGCCCCCUGCCAUACACUUGCAUUAAGGGGACGGGCCGUGAUGUCAUGAGGGGCGGAGCCAUGUCGUCACGCUGCUCCGCCCCUGUAUCGCCCGUCAUUACGCACAGAGCGAACUCGCUCUGUGCAGCAAUGAUGGCGGGGUGCUGCAGCAGCGAUCCCUGGGGUCCCCAGCAGCGGGAUAAGGGAUAAGAUGCCAGGGGCGGAGUACCCCUUUAAGGGCUUUGCUCUGAUAGAAGCCAGUUCCUGUACUUCUAAAGCAGUGUUUCCCAAGCAGGGUGCCUCCAGCUGUUGCAAAACUACAACUCCCAGCAUGCCCGGACAGCCAAAGGCUGUCCGGGCAUGCUGGGAGUUGUAGUUUUGCAACAGCUGGAGGCACCCUGCUUGGGAAAUACUGUUCUAGAGGAGCCAGGCUACUACGAGCAGGGGGAAAUACUUAGAAUUGUAAGUUAGAUACGGGUUGUUGCUAUGGUUUUGAAUGAUUUUUUAUUUUUUAGUUUUUUUUUUUAGUUUCUUGCACUAAAAUAUUUACCAAGUAAUAUGGUAACAUUCAAGGACUGCUGGGUAUUUGGAUCAAAAGAUAUGUAAAAUUGAGUAGGUUAGAAAUAAAUGAUCUUCUGGUAUAAUGCUUACCGGUAAUAAUAUAGAACAAGUUAACCCUUUUCCUCUUACAAAUGGAAUAAUUAUUAUUUUUUUGUUAAACUUAUUGGCCCAGAUUUAUCAAACUGUGUAAAACAGAAAACAUUUUGUGAUUUUUUAUUUUUUUUUCCACAGCAACCAAUCACAGCUCCGCUUUCACUUUACCACAGCUUGUUGGCUGAACUGUGAUUGGCUGCGAUUGGCACAGUUUGAUAAAUCUGGGCCAUUGUGUUCAAAAUUAAUUGUAAAAAUUGCUGAUAAAUAUGGAAUGCUUUACUCUGGUCAAUACUUGUUUGUCUACUGUACAUCUCAGGAAUAAAAUAUUUCUUUGUGGUGACUA